CGCGCGCGAGCGGACAAGAGUGCGAGCGGCACCUUAACCCUGUGUUCCCUGGAGAGCGCUGGUGAGGAGGGCGCAAGGGGGGAGGACAGACAGCGGGUGCGCGCGCUGUUAGAGAAACUUUCCUUGCCAAAGGCCCCGGGAGGCGCGGGUGUCCCCCGCUUGCUAGCGCGCUGUUGCGGCCCCGAAACUUCUACGCGCAGCCCAAACUAACCCCACGUGAACUGACGGACUGUUCUAUGACUGCAAAGAUGGAAACGACCUUCUACGACGAUGCCCUUAACGUCUCGUUCCUCCAAUCCGAGAGCGGCGCCUACGGCUACAGUAACCCCAAGAUCCUGAAACAGAGCAUGACCCUGAACCUGGCCGACCCGGUGGGUAGCCUGAAGCCACACCUCCGGGCCAAGAACGCGGACCUCCUCACCUCGCCCGAUGUGGGACUGCUCAAACUGGCGUCGCCAGAGCUGGAGCGCCUAAUAAUCCAGUCCAGCAACGGGCACAUCACCACCACGCCGACCCCUACCCAGUUCCUGUGCCCCAAGAACGUGACGGACGAGCAGGAGGGCUUCGCUGAGGGCUUCGUGCGCGCCCUGGCCGAACUGCACAGCCAGAACACGCUACCCAGCGUCACGUCCGCGGCGCAGCCGGUCAGCGGGGCUGGCAUGGUGGCUCCCGCAGUGGCUUCCGUGGCGGGCGGCAGCGGCAGCAGCGGCUUCAGUGCCAGCCUGCACAGCGAGCCGCCGGUCUACGCCAACCUCAGCAACUUCAACCCGGGCGCGCUGAGCAGCGGCGGCGGGGCGCCCUCCUACGGCGCGGCCGGCCUGGCCUUUCCCGCGCAGCCCCAGCAGCAGCAACAGCCACCGCAGCCUCCGCACCACCUGCCCCAGCAGAUCCCCGUGCAGCACCCGCGGCUGCAAGCCCUGAAGGAGGAGCCGCAGACGGUACCCGAGAUGCCCGGGGAAACGCCGCCCCUGUCGCCUAUCGACAUGGAGUCCCAAGAGCGGAUCAAGGCGGAGAGGAAGCGCAUGAGGAACCGCAUCGCUGCCUCCAAGUGCCGGAAAAGGAAGCUGGAGAGGAUCGCCAGGCUGGAGGAAAAAGUGAAAACCUUGAAAGCGCAGAACUCGGAGCUGGCGUCCACGGCCAACAUGCUCAGGGAACAGGUGGCACAGCUUAAACAGAAAGUCAUGAACCACGUUAACAGUGGGUGCCAACUCAUGCUAACGCAGCAGUUGCAAACGUUUUGAAGAGAGACUGUUGGGGGCUGAGGGGCAACGGAGAAAAAAAAACCGCAAGAGAGACAAACUUGAGAACUUGACAAGUUGC